UUCUUAUCCACGCGUCGUCAAGUCGGCAGCGAAUUACGCAUUCGUAGUCAUGCUAGCUAGUUAGCAAGACGUGUGAUCUGCUGACUGUCAUCUGCCGUGAUACCGGGCACCCCAUUAUUCCGCCACUCGGCGACAUUCAUCUAUUAAAAAUGUAAGUGACGUGCGGUGCGCUACGUUAAUAAUCAGGGACGAGCAUUGUUAGCAAUAAGCGCGAAUCAGUUGCCUCGGAAUAUGCUGCGACGAAGAAGAUUCCGCGGCUUUCUUGUUCCAUUCUACUGUGAUUCUGUGUCUCGCUCGUCGCGCUUGCAUCGAUUCGCGACACGAUACGAUAACCUAAACCCAAGCAUCUCUAUCGGAUCUCAAAAGUAAUAACACAAAACGCUGAUCGAUCGAUCGACCGACCGCUCGGAGAGAAAAGUUGGAUAACGUUACAAUGGAGCAUCAAAUAUAUUUUCGGAUCGUUUCAAAUCGAAAGCGAAAACACUAACACACGAACAAAUGUUUUUAAGAAAAAAGAAAAGAGAAAAAUAAAAACAGAAAGAGGGCACACAGAGAAGAAGAAAAACGGCGCCUUUCGACGCGCUCGCAUUUUCUGCGGCGUCAUCCCGCCUUCUGGAACCAUCGUCAACGUCAACGUCGACGUCGAUGUCGACGUCGUCACGAGAUCGUCGAAUGAUCGCGAACAAUCGAACUCGGUUCGAAAAGUCGUGCCGUUCGUUUACAUUAUUUCGAGACAGGUUGAAGACACGUAGGGACUGAUCUCAUCCCCCCCUCCCACCCCGUCUUUUUUAUUUAUCCCAUUUUCGGUCAGUCUCUUUGUCAUCGGGGGAUGAUGAUCCUGAGUAGCAGUGGCGCAGGUGGAGCAGGUUCACUCGAAAAUAUCGUUUUGGAGUCGCUUUGUGAAAAUUCUCGAGUUAACCUCUCGGCCGCGUUGCGAUCUGCCGAAUCUCUUCUGCUUCCUGCCACUUCGCGGCGCCUUCACGUAGGUGACAUACGGAAAAGACACUUCGCACGACGGACACGGUUGUCCACGGUUAUCCGAACGGACGCUCAUUCGUUUACCCCGGUCGGUGAAGUAUCACCAUCAUCCUUACCACCGCCACGGCCACCGCCACCGCCACUGCCACCGCCACCGCCAGCGCGAAGAGGCAUUAUUUUUGGGGACGCGUAAAUAACACGUGCCGCCACAAGUCUGACGCUUUCCACGCGCGCGGGAGAGAAAAAAGACGGAACAAGAGACAUAUAGAUAAAUAUGGCAAAACUCAGAAAGUGUUCAACAGAUGAGAGUGAUCUAGCAGUGAAACGUCCCAAAAGUAGCGAAAGAAUGUUCUGUUGGGGUAGUACAAUUCAUGGGGAAUUGGGUUUGGGUGGAAUCGAGGAUGAAAAUAUCUUUAUGCCACGUGAGGUGGAUUUUGCGCAAGCAAAUGAUAUCGAGCAAAUUGCAUGUGGACAAAAUUAUACAGUAAUCAUUACAAACGAUGGUCAAGUAUACUCCUGUGGUAAUAAUGACUAUGGACAACUUGGCUACGAGACGGCGAGGAAAAAAUUACAAUUAAUACCUGGCCUGGAUGCAUUUGUAUUUAGAAAAAUAGCAUGUGGCAAUCAUCAUACUCUGGCUGUGAAUGAAUGGGGGCAACUUUUCAGUUGGGGUUGUAAUAUAAAUGGUCAACUAGGAUUAAAUAUCAUCGAAACCACAGAGCGUAUACCACGCAUGGUAAAAGCAUUAGCUACAAAAGUGGUAGUACAGAUUGCGUGUGGUGUGGAGCAUUCAAUCGCCCUGACCAAUGAUGGAGAGCUGUACGCAUGGGGUAGUAAUAAGGAGGGUCAACUAGGUUUAGGAAGCUAUACGGUUACCGAGAUAAAACCCAAGAGAAUUACCAGUUUAGCUGCUGUACCACUUGCAUUUAUUGCAUGCGGUGGAUAUCAUACCAUAGUCAUAUCGAAAUCAGGAGCUGUAUUCGCGUGGGGACGAAAUAACUUCGGACAAUUAGGAUUAAAUGAUACAGAGCAAAAAAAUUUACCAUGCCAGCUACGUACCCUGAGAAACGCGAGAGUAUGCUAUGCGGCGUGCGGUGAGGAUUUCUCGGUGUUUUUAACAAUGGAUGGUGGCGUGUUUACAUGCGGUGCUGGUAUGUACGGUCAAUUGGGUCACGGGAAUAAUACGAAUGAGAUUUUGCCGCGACAAGUUAUGGAACUGAUGGGUAGUACGGUAACGCAAAUUUCAUGUGGUAAAAGGCAUACAUUAGCUUUAGUGCCAUCGAGAGGAAGAGUUUAUGCAUGGGGUUUGGGUGGUGCUGGCCAAUUAGGCAAUCGUGCUUCACAAAGUGCUACAACGCCACAAAUUGUAUUGGGACCAUGGUCUUCGCCGAGUGGAUCAUCUAUGACGCUCGACUUGCACUACAGUCCUCUCAUCGAUUGCGUUGUCAAGCAUAUUUUUAGUGGAGGCGAUCACUGUUUUGCUACGAUUACUCAGAGAAAAGAUAAUAUAGAACCAGAUGACUGUAGAAUAUUAGGACCGACUUCUCAAAUUCUUACAGUGAUGGAGGAAAAAUUAAUCGAAUGUCAAAAGAUCCCAUCAGGCUCACCGGUUAAUCAUGAAUUAAUGACGUAUCUAGAAACUGUGUUCAAAAGUCAAGCGUGCAUAAAUGCAUCUUUUUUAGUUGCUAACAACGCGCAUUAUGGAUGUUCGAGCAAACAUCAUGGAGUAGAUCUUGAUAUUGCAAUAAAAUUAUUCGGAAUUAUCUCAGAAUUGGAUAAUGACACGAUUCAAGAACUGAUUUUCACCAGCAUAGCCGAGAGUGUGAUACCAUCACUUGUUGAAUCUCCACCUGAUGUGGAGACCUUGAGGGUGUAUUUAACGUUACCUCUGUAUCAUCGCUUCACCAAUCUGUCUAAUUAUAGCUCCUUGCAGACACCGUUUUCCAAGAUAUUCUUAAAUUUAAAGCCUGAAGCUAAUAAGAUUGUGGGUUCAUGGUGGAACACAACCACGCCAUACUAUUUCGAGAGACUCAUAAGAAUGUACAAAGCUGUGGUACUGCACUUUGUGAAACAGGCGACGCAGGACAAGAUCGUUCUCUGGUCUGAAAGUGUACAUUAUGCUCUGGAAAUGCUAUCAUUAUUGUACAAACUAAAUAUUUAUGUCGUUCUACUGGUACCCUACGAGACCUUCUAUCUACCAGAAUUAAUAAAACAUGUUAACGUUAUCAAGGACUAUCUUAGAUGGUUAGAUGAAGAAGAUCGAAUUUGUAAACAUAAAUUAUUCUUUUGCAAUUAUCCUUUUUUAUUCGAUGUUGAAGUGAAAACUACAUUGCUUGAAGCCGAUCAAGCUAUACAGAUGGAAAGUGCGAUGGAUGAAGUGGCAUCACGGGCCUUGAGAGAUAUUAUAUGGGGGUUUUUACCUAAUGCAGACUUCGAGGAAUAUAGUCAAUAUUUAAUAUUACACGUAUCACGAGACAAAAUAGUCAACGAUACUUUGACUUUGUUAAACAAAUAUGAUCGUAGAGAUUUGAAGAAACCACUUAGAGUUAAAUUUGCCGACGAGGAGGCUGAAGAUGUGGGUGGCGUCAGAAAAGAAUUUUUUAUGCUUCUAUUUACAGAGAUUCUCGAUUUUAAAUACGGCAUGUUCGAAGAAAAUGAAGAGACGAGGAUAAUCUGGUUCAGAUCCGAUUCAUUGGUCGAGGAUGAAGAAUUGUAUUUCUUAAUCGGUAUUCUCUGUGGCUUGGCUAUUUACAAUUUCAUAAUUAUCAAUGUGCCAUUUCCACUGGUCUUGUAUAAGAAACUGUUGGGAGAAAAAGUUGGAUUGAAGAACGUCAAGGAAAUAUCACCGACAGUGGCCAGAAGUUUAGAAAGUAUCCUUGAAUACAACGAACCGGACUUUGAGGAAGUGUUCUGCUUGAACUUUGACGUAAGCAAAGAAGUAUUUGGCGAAUUGAAAAGCGUCGAAUUAAUCCCCGGUGGUAGUAAAAUGACUGUAACAUUAAAAAAUAAGCAGCAGUACGUGGAUCUUUACGUGGAUUAUAUAUUGAAUAAAUCAAUUCAAACGCAGUUCCAAGCAUUUUCCAAGGGUUUUCAUAACGUCUGCGGUGGUAGAGUGUUGGAGUUAUUUCACAGUCACGAGUUGAUGUUACUUCUAAUGGGCAAUGAGAAUUACGAUUGGGAGGAAUUAGAAAAGAAUGCUUCUUACAAAGAAGGCUAUUCAAAAAGUGAUCCUACUAUCGUACUCUUCUGGCAAGUCUUUCACGAGUUACCAUUAGAAGAAAAGAAGAAAUUUCUACUUUUCUUAACGGGCAGCGAUAGAGUACCGAUACAGGGCAUGAAAGCUAUAAAGAUAACGAUUCAGCCGAUGAGUGAUGAGCGUUUCCUACCAGCCGCGCAUACUUGUUUCAAUCUACUUGAUCUGCCACGUUAUCAAACUCGCGAAAAAUUAAAAUAUAAAUUGCUGCAAGCUAUCCAACAUAAUCAAGGAUUUUCCCUUGUGUGAGAACGAAGGAUGAUAUGAAGCUUUCUCAUGACUCGUAAUUUUAUAAAUCGUAAUAUGACAAUUAAACUAUUUAUGUACAAAUCUCAUAAAUUUAACAAAGAUAGAAAUAUUCAUGAAAAAUAGCAAGUUCCUUAUAAACUAUGAUAACAUAGCGUACAAUUCGUCUGCACCUGAGUUUCUCGCUUUGAAUUUUUUCAAAAUUUGUAUUAUUUUCUUGUUAUCUAACAAAUACAAAUUCAUGCCUAAAUAAACUCAAUAAUUACAUAGUAUAAUAUUUUACUAUACAAUGAAUCGCGAAAAAA